GCGUGGUGAGGAAGAUACAAAAUGGCAGUUCAAAUCAAGAUGGCGCUGAUGUUCUUGCUGGCGGGGCGUGCGCUCUGCGGACACGACGAAGACAAUAUGGACGACGAUGACUUGGAUCCCCAAGAGUUGUCGCGUCGUGCAUGGCAAUACGAGGGUAUUCCCGUUGAGAUGAUGGCGAGAAGAAGCGAGACAAAGGAAACGGAACACUCCAACUCGCCACCAGCAACGAGAACGGCAGCUCCCGAGUUAUCAACUACCACUACAAGCACAACCGAAAUGGCAACGACAACCACCACCACAACAACCACAGAAGGCCCCAUACUCCCCCCGCUACACCCGCGCUACCGACGCAUCUACAACUCUGAUGAGACGGCCAGGAUAGAGGAGCACCCAUACCUGGCCGCUGUUUUAAUGAACAACCAAUUGUGGUGUGGUGGAGCGAUCAUCAGCUCUGAUCUCGUACUUACAGCGGCGCACUGUCUACAACUCCAAUACAACAACCGCUUCUUCCGAGAGUACGUCAAGAUGCUGACCGUCCGCAUCGGCUCCAGCAACGCCACGGCCGGCGGCGAGGUUCUACGGGUUGAGGAAAUCUUCUUCCAUCCCAACUACAAGCCACAAACUUUAGCCUUCAACUACGCUGUCGUCAGGUUACACAAGAACAUCACGUUCUCUACAAUGAACGUGUCCAAGAUUGAGUAUUCGAAGAGGAAGGAUGUGACCAUUGAUAAGACGAUUACGUUCUUGGGAUGGGGAUCGGUGCUGGGAAUGGGCGACAAGGGUGGAGCUGUGCUGCUCCAAAAAGUAGAUCUUCCCAUCUACGACAAGGCAGAUUGUAUCGACGUUUACGGAAAGGAAUUGGUCUCGGUUAGCACCUUCUGCGCUGGCUUUAUCAGCAAGAUCAAGAAUGUUUGUAACCACGACGCCGGUGGCCCGGCGAUCAUGGACGGCGAGCUGAUCGGCAUCCUGUCGUUCUCGGCCAAGCGCUGCGACGAGGCCGAUAAGCCCGCGGUGUUCGCCAGCACGGGCGCCGCCGCGGACUGGCUGGAUAGCAUACCGACCAUUCGGCGAAAAAGUGACGAGCUCGUGCACGGCUGGAUGAACGACAUGCAAUGAAACAAUAAUAAACGUAAAUCAAUAUAUUUGCUCUAAUACUGUA